UGUCCCAAUGAGAUAUGAUUUAAAACAUCCUGUACGAGUCCUAUACUUCAGUUAAAGGUAGUUAUUGGUUGCUAACGACUCCUCUGUAUACCUUGAUCGAUAGUAAAAUGACACAAAAAUUAGAUUAAAUUGUCUCUAGAAGGAGAUAAAGAUUUUAUCCGUAAGAAAUGAUAAAUCAUAUGCAGAAAGGAUUAUUUACCGUUUAGAACGGUCGAGCCACUGGAUCCGUUAUCAAUCGUGAGAAACAGAGAAUUUUUACUUUACUUAGUACCGGAUAACAGGAAGAAAGAAUGGCAAGCAUCAGAAAACUUAAGAUUGCUCGACAGCAGCCAAAGAAACAAAGCAGAUCAAUGGAGCGUAGUCUCAAGUUCGCGAAUUUCACUAGCAGACGAGCGAUGUUAGAGCGAGAAAAGGCUAUGGACGGUGCCAGAAAUCCUGGAGUGAGCAAAUAUGGAACUACCUUAGUAGAUGUAAAUUCUAAACAAGACAGAGAAUUAUCAAAACAGUUAAAAUAUAUCAAUUCACAAAUUAAACGGAUGGAAAUAGAAAUGAAACAGAAAAAGAAAUAUUUCGUCAAAAAGUGUCAAGUUUUAAAUUAUGACCCUAUUAUUUUGGUAGAAAGACCACCAUCGCCGGAAGUCAUUAAGAAAAUUGUGAAAUUAGCGUACAGUGAUGACGAAGAUGACACCUAUUUAGACCCAGAAAAUUCUCCGCAUUACAUGAAGCAACUUCGUUCCAAAGUGCGCACACCCUCACUUUUGACUACUAUUGAUGCUUUUACAGUGAAAACCAGCAAUAAAAAGAAUGUUUGGGAGGAAGCAACAGACGACAAAGAACCUCUGAAGUUUGAAAGCACUGUACGCCCAUGUGUAAGACUUACGAGACGUGAAAAGGUAGAUUUACAAGUUGGGUGGUCUUACCACAAGCCACGACUGACACCAGAACACACAAUUGACAAUAUAAAUAUGAAACCAAAUUCUGCCAAAUCGAACACACCGGUACAAAGAACAAACUUAUUAGAGUUUGAACCUGAAAAUGAACAAUUCACUGUAGAAAAACUUGGUGGUAGUGAUGACGAGGAUUCGUUUACUCCAUUCAUAACCCAAAUGGCUAAAGUGAGGAGUCUGAGUGGACAUAAACAAAAUGAUUCGAGUAAAACCCCUAAAUCGGGUGACUCUAAAUCUGUUAGAUUUACAAGAUCAGCAACAAGCUCUUCUGGAAAAAGGAGGCGAACGAAAGCUACCAGACAUACUGUUUUAGAAAUAACUGCAUAGAGACAACAAAUUUAUUAUCAUAUUAAAAAUAAAUAUUAUUUUUGUAAUAACGAUG